AUGAACCGAGACGAACGGCGGGAGCGUCUCAAACAGAUGAUCCAAGUGAUCAUAAACGGCAAGAAUGCCGGAAAGCAACCAGGUGAUAUCGCCAAACUCGCUGGAAUGAGCGUGAAAGAUUUCAAGGAGAUGGCUCCUCAAUUCAAGCAAAUGUUCGGAAUGGACCUGCAUUUCUCUCCAGGACUCCAGCUCAUUCUCCCUCGUGACCAGCAAGAAAUGGCGGUGUUCGUCGAAGAAAAGGUUCUUUCGCCCGAAGAAAAGCCCGAAAAUAACUUUUCCUCGCUCGAUCACAUCGCUACCAUGCUCAUGCAUGUGAUGUUCUUCCGAAAAGGGAAAUUAACCGAGCCCGAGAUGAAGAAAAUCUUCAUCGAGAAGCUGAAGAUCGAAUGGGACAAACCAGAUAGCCUCCAUGGCGGCAAGAGUGCCAAACAGCUCAUAAGUAUGCUCGAGAAAAGCAACUUAAUCAAACGGGUCGCCAUGACAAAGAAAGACUUGAGCACCCAAACAAUGAUUGAAAAUGACAAUCAACGGGUGCUGACCUGGGAGUUCGGUGCGCGGGCGAAGACUGUCUACAAUUGGGAGAAGAUCUUCCGCUCGGGAAUAAAGAGCAUCGAGCAGCGCGCGGAAGAGGUCCUUACGGAGAACGACGUAGCACGAGCCCGAAUGCACUGCAAGAGUCAGCUCGAUCAGCUGAAUGCCGAGAAAGUGCGAGAACGAGAGAAGAGCCAAGUUUACAACAAUAGAGCGGCGCAGAAUUAA